AUGUCGUCGCUGGUAUUCCAUCUUCCGGCAACAAUUCUUCAUGCACACGCGAGCAGCUCUGUUCUGCGGCGUGCUCCGUCGUUGGCACGUCUUCUCGUAGCAUCAUGCCAUUCGAGUAGCACACCUCCAGGCUCAAAACCUAAGAAACAAAGAUUGUUCAAGAUAGCCGGCCGCGUCCGAAGCGGGAAAACAUUUCGCGCUACAGUAGUACCGGUGCCGGUGAAAAGUACCUCUUAUAGUACUCCUAGUAGCCGAAAUCUUUACGUUUUAACAGACGUUUACCACAAGGCUAUUGAGGUAGAAACUACUACAUCUACCAGUAAAGGUGCCGAUCGAGUGGUAGCGAUCGCAUUCACUCUCAACGUGUGUGAUGCUGCAUUCAAGUAUACUGCUGCAUAUCUGACUGGCUCAAAGUCAUUGUUUGCUGAGGCCAUUCACAGCACAAUGGACACUUGUAAUCAGUUGAUUUUGCUGAUGGGAAUACGAUAUUCUGCGAGAAAUCCCGAUAAUCUGUUCCCGUAUGGAUACGGCAAUAUGCGGUAUGUGACGUCAUUGAUUUCUGGUUGUGGUAUUAUGGCGUUUGGAUGCGGUCUUUCAAUAUACCAUGGAGUUUCGGGGUUACUGCACCCUGCCGAAUUGGAGCCACUCAACUAUGCUUACUAUGCGUUAUUUAUGUCGUUUUGCUUCAGGAAACAUCAGGGCUUCGUGUUAUGUGCGUCAAUCGAAAAGCAAGGUGCUGGACUUCACUCUGAAUUAUCGGUGGCCAUAGCUCUGUGCGCUGUUUCGCUUUCAUCGAUUCUGGCGUCACCUAUUCCUGACUCGGUUGGAUCCAUCAUGAUAGGAUGUUUAUUAGGUACCGUGGCUUCGUUUAUAAUUCGAACAAACGCCGCUCAUCUGGUUGGGCGAAGUUUGCCGAAGCGAAUCACUGAUGAUAUCGUGUGUCGCUUGAACAAUGACCCAGUCAUUCGGUCGGUGCAUGACGUGAAGGCGACGGCGCUCGGCGUCGAACAGUCCCGAUUCAAAGCCGAAUUGGAUUUCGACGGUCGGGAAAUCACUCGCGCCUAUCUGCAUCAGAACGUUCACUUGCCGACGCUCCUGAAAGUAGGUGUUACUCGUUGA